GCCGGGCGUCAUUGGUCGCGCCAGGCGCAGCUGACAGGAGGCUGCCGGGCGAGGGAGCUUCAAGGAUGGCGGCGUCUGCGGCGCUGAUCCUGCCCGACAGCCCCAGCAUGAAAAAAGCAGUGUCGCUGAUAAAUGCACUAGAUAUAGGAAGAUUUCCACGAUUGCUUACCCGAAUUCUUCAAAAACUUCACCUGAAGGCUGAGAGCAGUUUCAGUGAAGAUGAAGAGGAAAAACUUCAAGCAGCAUUUUCUCUAGAGAAACAAGACCUUCACCUAGUUCUUGAAACAAUAUCAUUUAUUUUAGAACAGGCAGUAUAUCACAAUGUGAAGCCAGCAACUUUGCAGCAGCAAUUAGAGAAUAUUCAUCUUGAGCAAGACAAAGCAGAAGCAUUUGUCAAUACAUGGUCUUCUAUGGGUCAAGAAACAGUUGAAAAAUUCAGGCAGAGGAUUCUGGCUCCCCACAAGCUAGAGACAGUUGGAUGGCAGCUUAACCUUCAAAUGGCUCACUCUGCUCAAGCAAAACUAAAAUUGCCUCAAGCUGUGUUACAACUAGGAGUGAACAGUGAAGAUUCAAAGGGGAAACAGUCAGAUUCAGUGUGGUUAUUCUCGCUGUCAGCUGGAGAACUGGUACUCCUCUGCAAUGAAAAUAUUAGCAUGAGACUAUCAAAUAUUCUUCCUUCAAAAGAAUCUGGAGAAAGUUCUUGUGGAAUUCAGUCAUAAGGAAUUGUUUGAUUUCUAUAACAAGCUAGAGACUAUACAAGCACAGCUGGAUUCCCUUACAUGAUGUUUUUGAAGACCGGUUUCUCCAUCACACUCCUGCUACCCCAUUGUUUUGCAUUGAAGAGAGAUUGCCUAGCUGUGUUUUCUGGAAGAUUCAGUGACUUUCUUUCUAUAAAUUAUAUGGCUCAUCACUUCUUAGACAAAUAAUAACCAAGAGAAAUCAAUGUUAAGAGCACUGAGGUUCUAAUACACAGCACUUUGCUAGUUCUGUGAGCCAGUAGCAAUUGUUAGGAGCACUUUUGCUUUAAAGAAAUCAGAAGUGGAUAGUAUAUUGUUUUACUGUCAUCUGUAUUGCCUCAUCUGUUCAUUGUUUACAGGCUUGAUAACUCCUGUGUGUAUCAAGGAGGGCCCACAUACAGAAGGUGUAAUAUGUACCCUAGCAGAACACAGAACUUCAGUAAUUACAUUAAUAAAAUAAAGAAAAUAGCCACAUGCAGUCAAAUGUAUUACAGCAUUUUUUCCUAUCAGUCUAUUUUGCUUGAGAAAUAAUAUAGAAAAGAAAUUUAAAGUAGAACCAGUAGUAUUACAUCAGUUAAUUCUAAUGUCAGCUUUUCUCUCUACAUAAAUUUCUCUAAGUUUAAUGAUUUAAAAACAGUGCAGGUUUUUAUAUGCUUUUCUUUGUAAUGAAAAUUAAUGAUUUGCUUCAUAGUGUGAGACACAGAUGCAGGUCAUGAAUAAAAACAAUUGUAAUGAGUAGUAAAUGGGCAUCUUUAAAAUUUCAAAUCAGAUACCUUCUAUAUUCUCAUCCCUGAAUAUGUUAAUUAAUUUCUGUCAAUAAAAUUUUUAUAUUUUUGAAUUAUUUGAACUGAUGUAUAUUUUUAUUUUGUGUAUUUUAUAUUUUAUAAUAUGAAUAUAUGUAUAUGUAGUAUGGUUCCUGUUCACUGAAAUAUUUAUCUUAUAUUGUUUACUGGCAGGGAAGAGUUGAAACAACUUUUUUCACAUGAAGGAAUUUGAUUUCAGAAGUUCCUUAGGGGGUCCUCAUCAGCUCACUGUCCAAGUUACCCACUCUGCAAGGUGAAUUAGUAUUUGUGUCCCUCAGUGUGUGGUUAGUCCUUUUUUGCCACUGUGGCAAGGAAUACCUUAUUUAACCUCCAUCUUCUUCAUCUUCUUCCUUCUCACUGAGGUGAUUGCCCUUCUCAUCUAUUUAUAUUAUGGCUAUACAGUCUCAAAAUUAUAAAGCUGUGAGAAAAAGAAUAAUCAUGGUUGAUGUUAUAAUUAUGUCAUCAUGCCAUUCAAUAUAUUUUGCUUUUUUUA